AUGCCUGCCAAUGCAGAAAACAAUGAGAAAGCCUUCCCUUUAGAAAAAGCAGAGACGGUACCUAAGCAGCAAGAUCCCGAGCCCGAGCCUAACUCUAGCCUAUGGCAAGAAGUCCCUGUUUUCAUCGCAAUGAGCUUCGGCAUCUUCAUCCUAGGACUCGACAACACGAUCGUUGGUACUGCCAUACCAACGAUAAGUGAUGAAUUCAACUCUAUUACUGACAUCGGCUGGUAUGGCUCGGCCUACCAAUUAACAACCUGUUCAACCCAAUUCAUGUUCGGCAAAUUAUACACAAUGUUCCGUGUGAAGUGGCUCCUAGUCAUUUCGGUUGUCAUCCUAGAACUCGGAUCCAUUGUCUCUGCUGCUGCGCCCAAUUCGGCUGCUUUCAUUGUUGGCCGUGCAAUUGCUGGCUGUGGCGCUUCGGGGGUUCUCAAUGGUGUUCUGAUCGCUGGUUCGACUACAUUGCCGUUGCGCUGGAGACCAAUCUUCAAUAGCACUGUCGGCGGACUGGAGUGUGUUGCCAUGGUUGUAGCCCCUGUGAUUGGCGGCGCUCUGACAACAGAUGUUACUUGGAGGUGGUGUUUUUGGCUGAACGUCCCAAUAGGCGGGUUCACUUUAGCUAUACUAAUUUUCGUCUUCAAGCAGCCGCCGGAUCAAAAGGGUAAGGAUGAGUCGUCAAUGUCAAAAAUCAAGAAGCUUAACAUCCCAAGCCUCCUUAUCUUUACCGGCAGCAUCGUCUGUCUGCUGCUUGCCCUCCAGUGGGGUGGCACAACCUACCCCUGGAACAGUGGGAAAGUAGUCGCGCCUCUGGUUGUCGCAGGCGUUUCAUUUGCCGCGUUCCUUGCGUAUGAGAGUCUUCGCGAAGGCGAGGCUAUGAUUCCGCGCUCGGUAAUUUUCAAUCGGACUGCAGGCUUGUGUAUGCUUUAUGCGUUUUGUUCUUCUGCUGCGUUUAAUAUUAUUGACUAUUACCUGCCAAUCUGGUUCCAAGCAGUCAAGGGCGCGACGGCCGUUAAAUCAGGGGGGAUGCUGCUCCCGUCCAUCAUUGGCCUCUCAGUGGUAGCUAUAAGCUCAGGCUUCGUCCUCUCCUUCAUCGGAUACUACACACCGCUGAUGUUAUUGGGCUCCACCAUGAUGGCAAUAGGCUUCGGCUUCCUAACAACGUUCAAGCCCUCGACCACCCAUGCCGCCUGGAUCGGGUGGCAAGUGAUGCUAGGCAUGGGUACUGGAUUGGCAUUCCCACAGCCGUGGUCAGCGAUCCAGACAGCGCUCCCAGAAAAGGAUGUCCCUCUCGGACUGGCAGGCGUAGGAUUUGGAAUCAGCUUUGCCGCGGCAGUCUCGAUCUCGAUAUGCGAGAAUGUGUUUACGAACUUGCUCCGCAGCGGCUUGCAGGCGGCUGCUCUCCCAGGUGUUAAUGCUGAGGAUGUGAUCAAAGACGGCGCGACGGGCUUCUUGCAGCAUAUCGCGGCGAAUGAGAGGAGAUUGGUGUUGAAGAUAUAUAACCACGCCGUGACAAGCUGCUUUUGGCUACCAGUCGCGGCCUGCUGCAUAGGCUUUGUUGCAGCAUCGGGGAUGAAUUGGAAUUCGGUAAAGGAAAAGGGAAAGAAGGCCGACGAGGAGAAAGAGGAUGGUGGAAGUAAGAGUGAACCCGUCUCGGAGAUGCACAUGUAG